AUGGAGGAGGGGGACAAGAGUGUUCUUCUAGAUGGGCCUUCUCCCUCCACUCUGACAGCAGAGCCUGGGGCGUCAGAGUCUAAGGGCACCAAGGAAGUAGAGGAAGACAAAAGCACGUCUGGAGACAGGGCCAACGAGGACAUUCGACCGGGGGCAGCAGAAAGGAAGUCAGCUGAAGGAGAAGGAGGGCCUGUGGUUGAACCCAAGGAGCAAGUUGACGGGAUAGAGGAGGUCAAGUCUAAGCCCAAGGAGGAGGUUGAUGAGAAAGAGGAGGUCAAGUCUGAAUCUAAAGAGACCCUUGAGGAAGAGAAGGCCAAGUCUGAACCCAAAGAGGGUCUCGAUGAAGAGAAGGCCAAAUCAGAUGUCAAGGAGGAACACGGGAAAGAGCAAGCCAAGUCUGAACCCCAGGAGGAUCACGGGAAAGAGAAGUCCAAGUCUGAACUCAGAAACGAUCAUGGGAAAGAGGAGGCCAAAUCUAAACCCAAAAAGGCUGGUGAGAAAGAGAAGGAGGCCAAGUCUGACCUGAAAAAGACUGGAGAGGAGGCCACGCUUGGCCUGCAAAUGGAUCAACGGAAAGAGGAGGCCAAGUCUGAACCCAGAAAGACCGGUGAAAAAGAAGAGGCCAAGCCUGAACCCAAGAAGCAGGAAACAAAGCCCGACAAGGAGAGUUGCAACAAGGUUUCCACCAAAGAGCCCGGGGCAGAGGAAUCUCCUGGAGCUAAGGAGCCAGGAGAUGCCGCGGAGGUCCCAGCCCAGGAAGCGGAGGAGGAAAAGGAGGAGGAAGAAAAGGAGGAGCAGGCGGAGGAGACAGGGGAAGGAGCUGCCAUCCCAAGCUCCCCCGAAUGGCCAGAGAGCCCCACGGGGGAGGAUGGGGAGGGCCUUAGUCCAGAUGGAGCCAUCCCAGAUGGUUCUGCUUCAGGAGAGACCAGCCCAGGAGCCAGUGAGUCCUCCCCCGGGGAAGGGCCUCAGAGCCCCUUGGAGUCCCCUCCCUCUGGAGAGAGAAAGAAGCUGCCGGAGCGCAGAGCGGCUCCCCCGGCCCGCCCCCGCGGCCCUCGUGCGCAGAACCGCAAGGCCAUCAUGGACAAGUUUGGGGGGGCAGCCUCGGGCCCGGCCCCGCUCUUCCGGAACCCGCGGGCAGCGGGGGCGGCGGUGGGCAGCGUCAGGAACAUGCUGCUGGACUGGUGCCGGGCCAUGACCCGCAACUAUGAGCACGUGGACAUCCAGAACUUCUCCUCCAGCUGGAGCAGCGGCAUGGCCUUCUGCGCCCUCAUCCACAAGUUCUUCCCUGAUGCCUUCGACUACGCCGCCCUCGACCCCAAGCGUCGCCGGGACAACUUCACUCUUGCCUUCUCCACUGCAGAGAACUUGGCUGAUUGCGCCCAGCUGCUGGAGGUGGAAGACAUGGUACGCCUGGGCGUCCCCGACUCCAAGUGCGUGUACACCUACAUCCAGGAGUUGUACCGCAGCCUGGUCCAGAAGGGGCUGGUCAAAACCAAGAAGAAAUGAGGCCCCAGCCCGAGGCAGGCGCGUCCGAUCCGCAUAGUCAAAAGGCCUGUGGGGGCUGCCCUUCGCUCAGGCCUGACGUGGGCACCUCUGAGCAUUCUGGAGGCGCCUGGCCGGGGCAGAGGGAGAGAUCCAGUAGCGGGGAUAGAUCCUUACUGAGAAUCCCUCCCUUUCCCAUCCCGCUGGGGGAGUCGGGAGUGAGGCCGCCAUUAUCUGAAGAGAGCCAGAGGCGGGGCGUGGUGCCAGAGAGUACCCACUCUUCUCCAGGAGGUGCUAGUGACUGUCCAGCUUGCUUGCCCCAAUAAAUCCACUUUU